AUGGAAGCUCCAGGGGGGCUGAAGAUGGGCAUAUUGAUACCCAGCAAUGAUGCUGGGAGGCUCAUCGGCAAGCAAGGUGCGGGCCUGAGGCAAGUCCGGGAGAUGUCCCAGUGCAACAUCAAGCUCGGUCAAGAUCCAGAUUCUCAAGGAAACCGCAGAUGUGACAUUAGUGGUCCGACAGUGGAGCACAUUGCCAGCGCGGUGCAUGCGGUAGCGACCCGCAUCUUCGAGCCUGGCGGAGAGACCGCCCAGUGCAAGCUGUUCGUGGCUUUCCCCAACGAGUACGUGGGUGCAGUCAUCGGCAAAG